AUGGCGAAUGGAUAAUUUUAACCAUGGUCAGUGAUUUGUUAUGUAAGUAAUAUAAUGAGUAGACAAGGUUUUUCAUUUGCGCUUGGGUCGGGUUUGUCUCCUCAUUCUCAUUGUAGGGUUUUACCAAGAUUUUACAAUGGCAACCAUGGCCUCCUUCUUCUUCCCCAUUCCCACCAUUAAUGGCUGCACUAAAUCAUCUCCUCUUGUCCCUCUCCACCGCUUCAACCUUCCCCAACCUCCCUCCUUCUUUCCUCUCACUUUUUGCCCCUUCCCUUCCCGCUUUCCCUUCCUCCUCACCUCUUCCCAUUUCGUUCGUUUCGCCUCUACUUCCUCCGAUGCUCUUCCCUUUUCCGAUGGCCCUCCAGAAGAAGACCCACUUCAUUCUUUGGCCGAAGCCCGGCUCGCCGUUUCCGAGUAUCUACAGCGUUUCGGGGUUUCGGAGGACGAAUCUGUCUCCAUCGCCUCCAAUUCCCCUCGUUUCUUGAAGAUGCUCGUUGAUGGAGUUCGGGAAUUGGACGAGACAUCCAUGUGGGUUUCCUGGAGUAAGGAAGGAGGAGAACAGCCGUUGGUUGAUGAUUUUGGGUUUAAGGAAAAGGUGGGUUUGAUGGCCAUGGAGAAAGGUGACCAUGGGAAGGUUGCUUUUUUGGAAAGCGUCGGUAUGAAUCUUUCUUCAGCUAUGAAUGUUGCUCGCUACCUCUCUGGAGAGAUGCUUCCAUCUCUCAUUUAUAAGGUAAAAUAUAUGAAGGGACUCUUCUUUUCUGGCAGCGGUGAUGGAGAAGUCAUAGGAAAAAAUGCUCGUCGGAUGAUGACCAACUUAUCAAUUCCUCCUGAUGAUGAUGUGCAGCAGACUUUGUCCUUUUUUGAGAAGAUUGAAGCCAGGCGUGGAGGCCUAGACAUGUUGUGUUCAAAUGAAGAAUCCUUUCGCCUCUUACUUGAAUCAUUUCCUCACAUGCUUUUUUUGUCAGUAGAAUCCCAUGUAAAGCCAGUGGUAGAAUUUCUUGAAAACAUUGGCAUCCCUAAGGAACGCACGAGGAGUAUGUUUCUGCUAUUUCCACCCAUCAUUUUCUUCGAUACUGAAGUCCUCAAAUCAAGGAUACUAGCUUUUGAGGAGGUUGGCAUAGAAGCGACGACAGUUGGUAAAUUGUUACUUAAAUAUCCAUGGAUUACAGCCAAUUGCAUCCAAGGCAACCUUAAACAGAUUGUUUCUUUCCUUGAAUUGGAGAAGGUACCAAAUGCAAGCAUUAUCAAUGCAAUCAGCAGUUGGCCACUGAUUUUAGGAAGCUCAACUAGUAAAUUGCAAUUGAUGGUGGACAGGUUUGGUGGGCUAGGUGUUCAAAGCAAGAAGUUGGGUCAGGUGAUAGCCACAAGUCCUCAGAUAUUACUUCAAAAACCUCAAGAAUUUCUUCAGGUCGUUUCAUAUUUGGAAGAGUUAGGGUUCGACAAAGGAAGUGUUGGUAGAAUAAUUACUCGUUGUCCAGAAAUAUCUGCAACUAGUGUUGAGAAAACGCUAAAGAGGAAGAUUGAAUUUCUCAUCAGUAUUGGAGUUUCUAAGACUCAUCUACCUCGUGCAAUUAGAAAAUAUCCAGAGCUUCUCGUGUCUGACCCUGACAAAACUUUACUCCCGCGUAUAAGGUACCUGAGGCAGAGAGGGUUCUCAGAGAGGGAUAUUGCCUUCAUGGUUGGUAGAUUCUCUCCUGUACUGGGGUAUAGUAUAGAGGAGGUAUUGAGACCCAAACUAGAUUUCCUUGUAAAUAUCAUGGAGAAGUCAAUAAAGGAAGUGGUCGACUAUCCAAGGUACUUCAGUUAUUCGUUGGAAAAGAAGAUAGUUCCAAGGUUCCGUGUGUUGAAGGGGAUAAAUGUAGAAUGUAGUUUAAAGGAUAUGUUGGGUAAAAAUGAUGAGGAGUUUGCUGUUCAGUUUAUGGGCUACAAAGGAACAGAACAUUAGAUUUGCCUAAACUGACAAAGAGGGAGCUGCCCCGGGGAGAAAAAGCAUGGAGUUCAUUGUUGCAUGCCAAUUCACAAAGCAAUUCAAGAUUUUUCAGUAUGAUCAACUCUUGGUGGGGAUUAGCAUUGGCAGGUCACUAAUUGGAGAAGAAGCUAAUCUAUAGUUUUUGGUUUGAACAAAGCAAGUUUGCGCACCGGCCAGAUCCGUUGGUUCAUUCUAGUCCUAUUAGCUAGAACUUAUGUGUAUUUCAUACGUAGUUUUCAAUGUUAAAAUAUGGCUAGGGUAGGAGUUAAGGACUUGGGAUCAGAACUUCUUAAAGCAAUGCCUAUAUGAUUUAUACUGCAAUCAUCGUGUUUUCUAUUCAAAAUUUCAGUCUCUAGUUGCCUUCUAAUUCUAUAAAGCCUCCCUUACCUGUAGUUUUAUUUUUGUUAAUUUGAACUUUAUAUACAUAUUCUUAAGCUUAA